AUGAUAUUCUCUCAGGGUAUGUAUCCACGCCAUAUAUUUAAAGCAAUAUCAUACCACUCAUGGAUUCCCCCAAAGAAUUUUGGGGGUGGUAGUUUAAGAGUGCUGAGAGUUACUCAGAGACCACUCUUGCUCUCCUAGAGCUACAAAUUUCAGAGCAGUUUAAUGAUCCAUCCCUCUUCACAUGGAGAAUUGUAGUUUUGUGCGGGGAACAGGGGCCUCCUAACUACUCUCAGCACCAUGAACAAACCACAACUCCCAGAAUCCUUGGGGAAAACCGUGGCUGUUUAAGGUAGUAUGAUAGCCACUCAAAUGUAUGGUGUAAAUGUGGCCUGAGUGUUUCUAAACUGCAGAACUGUUUUAUUUAAUUUUGUUUAUAACCUUGUUUAUAACGUUGCUUUUAAAGAUGAGUCCAUGUAUUGUUUUUUAAUCCUGUUCUUUCUGUUCUUCUCCCCACCCCCGAUCAUUUGCCUUCCAGUUUGUGGGCCAAACAUCGACAUUCGUAACAAUGUGGAGCAGUUCAAGCAGCUGGACGACUGUACGGUGAUUGAAGGGUACCUCCGAAUUUUGUUGAUCAGCCAAGCCGAGGACUUCAGUCACUACCGCUUCCCGAAACUCACAAUGAUCACAGACUAUCUGCUGCUGUUCCGUGUGGCGGGCUUGGAGACCCUCAAAGACCUCUUCCCCAACCUCACAGUCAUCCGCGGCAAGAACCUUUUCUACAACUACGCAUUGGUCAUCUUUGAGAUGACUAACCUCAAGGAAAUUGGACUGUACAACCUGAGGAACAUCACCCGGGGGGCCAUCCGGAUCGAAAAGAAUUCUGACCUGUGUUACCUCUCUACCUUGGACUGGUCUCUGAUCUUGGAUGCUGUUUCAAACAACUACAUCGUGGGGAAUAAACCGCCAAAGGAGUGCGGGGACUUGUGUCCGGGGACAGCCGAGGAGAAGCCGCUUUGUGAGAAGACAUCCAUUAACAACGAAUACAGCUAUCGCUGCUGGACUUCCGGCCACUGCCAGAAAAGUAAGCAUGGGUGGUUAACUUCUGCCCCCUUCUAAAAAGCAUUUCGUUAAGGAAUAACACUCCUCUCCACCUCUUAUAACGCAUACACCUGACAUGUUAUCGUUGACAGGAGCUGUCUGUGAAAAGGCACGGUUUCAAAACCAGUGUGGAUUUGGGUAGAAAUGACCUUGAAAUGGCAGAUAAUUCUGUUUGCCCACUUCUUGAACUAAAUUCUAGAAUAAGACAGAGAAGGAUCAGGUGUUAUAUAUUUAUUGCAGGGGUGGGGACACCUAUGGCUGUUCAGAUAUUUGUGGACUACAGCUUCCAUCAGCCGCAGCUAGCAUGGCUAGUGGCCAUGAAUGAUGGAAGCCAUAGUCCAGUAACAAUGGAAGGCCACAGGUCCCCCAUCCCUGAUCUUUUUAUACCCAUCUUUGCUUUCAUGAUGGAAUUUGAGGUCAUGGAGAUAUUCAGAGUUGUAUCCAGUGGUGUAAUUUAGCUGAUGGUAAGGAAGCAUCAGUGGAAGGGGGAGGGAAACAAUUUUCAAUCAUUUGCCCUCUCUAAAUCUGCUCAAGAACAUUGUGGGAAACUCGAAAGCAUAUUUAGGGGCGAGGUAUUUCUUGUGGGGGUGCAAGGAGGUGGGGGGGAUAGUUGAAAAUGGUUUCCCUCCAAAUUGCACUGAUGGACACCUCAGUGUCUUCUGAGCAAUGCCAUUGGAUAAAACCCAGACUCCCUAGGUGUUCUCUUCUUCCAGGCGCUGACCAGAUUAGCUACAGCAGUUGUCGUUCUCUGGUGUCCCUUGAACCAUAG